CGGCUUUGGUUUGAAAUGGACACCCCUACAACCGCUCGGAGCAGACAAUGCUCAUUCAUGCGCACCUUCAAAAGCGGCCUGUCCCUGUGGCUGGUGGUGUGGCUGGUCCUCGGCAAACCCGGUCCGUCGGCGGCGUGCCCGCAUCUAUGCGUGUGCUACCCGACUCCCAUGACCGUGAGCUGCCAGGCGCAGAACUUCACCUCCGUGCCCGUCGGCGUGCCCUACGACUCGCAGCGUGUGUUCCUACAGAACAACCGAAUUACGGAGCUCAGAGUCGGCUCUUUCGGCUUCGGGACUCAGGUCCUGUGGCUGUUCUCCAACAACAUCACAUGGAUUGAGGCUGGCUCCUUCAGUGAGCUGAGGGAUCUAGAGGAGCUGGACCUGGGGGACAACUCUCACCUGCGCAGGCUGGAAGGAGGCGCCUUCAGGGGCCUGGAGAAACUCCAGAGUCUCCACAUGCACCGCUGCAAGCUUACCGCCCUGCCCCACGACCUGUUCCACAAGCUGUACAGCCUGCAGUUCCUCUACCUGCAGGAGAACCAGCUCCACUUCCUCCAGGAUGACCUCUUCUCUGACCUCAUCAACCUGAGCCAGCUCUUCUUGCAUGGAAACCGUAUCCGUACUCUGUCGGAGAACGUGUUCCGUGGCCUGGUCAACCUGGACCGCCUUCUUCUCCACGACAAUCGUGUGCGCCAGGUUAACCGCCGGGCGUUCCGCGACCUCGGACGCCUGACCAUGCUCUUCCUGUUCAACAACUCAUUGGCUGAGCUCCCCGGCCAGGCUCUCCGUGACACCCAGGGCAUCGAGUUCCUCCGUCUCAAUGGGAACCCCUGGUCCUGUGGCUGCGAGGCCCUCCCCCUGUGGGAGUGGUUCCGUGGCGCCCGCGUCUCGUCGUCUGAGCUGUUGUGUUCCUCCCCGUCUCCCCGCCGCGGGAUGGACCUCCGCUUCCUCCGUGAGAUGGACUUCGCCCUCUGCCCUCUCCCUGACCCUGGCACCCUGGCCGGCUCCACCACGAGGACCUUCAGCACCAAGACAAGAUGGUGGUUCUCCAAGCACAAGCCCCAGUCCCAGACCAAGGCAGUGUUCGAGAAGAGCUCCGAGACCAUCAAGGCCUUCCCGUUCCCCCAAGGAAAGAACAACCCACCCAUCGUGUCCUCCACCAACGUCAAGUACGAGCUCGGUGAGGAAGAGGCAGCACUACCCAAACUCGACGCUGAGGAGUACUGGGCGAACUAUGGGAACGAGGACGCCGGCACCACGCUGCGAUGCUUCGAGCUGGAGUGUCCGCCUGACUUCGAUGGCCUCCCUCCCAACUCCUCCUCCACCCCCACAUCAUCCCCCUCUCUCUCACUCCUCCUCGCCCUCUCGCUACUCGCCGUCUCCAUCAAUCUACACCUCAUAUUUGGCUGAAUCAGACUGAGUACCCACUUCCCGUUCCUGUCUUUGCCCCAGCCCCUCUCAGGGCAUGGGGAACCCCUUGUUAAAGACUCUGUACCUCCCUAGUUAACCCUCUGAUGUCCUACUGGAUAACCUCUGUCAGUAGUACAGGACAGCA